CAUGGAGGGGCCCAGGCAGCGCUGCCCGAUGGCCCCCGGGGCACAGGGCUGGGCACGGGCCGGCCGCGGCACCGCGCUGCUGGUGCUGGCGCUGCUGCUGCUCCUGCACCCCCUGCUCCGGGGCCUGGCUCUGCAGCUGCACUCGGCUCUCACGGGCAGCUACGUGCCAGGGACACACUCGGUGGUGUUUGUCACCUGCCUCAACGAGCACAUCGCCAGGGACAUCGCCAGGGCCAUCAUGGACAGGAGGCUGGCUGCCUGUGUGAACAUCCUGCCCAAGAGCUCGGCCCUGUAUUUCUGGAAAGGGGAGCUGGAAGAAUCCACUGAAAUACUGCUAUUGGUGAAAACAAGGACGUCCAAAAUAGGAGAAUUGUCCAACUACGUCAGAUCCAUCCACCCCUUUGAAAUCCCCGACAUCAUCAGCCUGCCCAUCGAGCAGGGGAACCCUGCCUACCUCCGCUGGAUGGAGGAGACCGUCCCACGGCGCUGAAGGGCACAAAGUGCCGCUCGUUUCUGGGGAGCAAUAAGGCAGCUUUUAUCUUCUGGGGUUUGCUGUGACACAGGAGCUCGGGACUGGGAAAGCUCCACUCCUCUGCCUGCCCCUGAGCGCUGGGCAGCCCGGAGCUGGUGCAGGAUGAGCUGGGAAGAGCUGCCUGCACCCAGAGCUGUGCAUGAGGAUGCAGAGAUGCCCCUGUCCGGACACUCGGGGCUGUCAGCAGCGAAUUCCAGCCGGGAGCCGUGGCCUGGCGGUGCCGUGUGUCCCCACAGCCAGCCCUGACCCCGCCUGGCAAACCCCAGCAAAGCCCAGCAACACCCAGCAAGCCUCAGCAAAGCCCAGAAAACCCAGCAAAGCCCAGAAAACCCAGCAACACCCAGCAAGCCUCAGCAAACCUCAGCACCACCCAGCAAACCUCAGCAAACCCCAGCAAACCCCAGCAACACCCAGCAAACUCCAGCAAACCCCAGCAGGAUUCAGCCCUCCCUGUCACAGGGAGCUGGGAUGAGCUGGGUCGGGGAGCCCAGGUGCCAACAGGACCACGGAUAGUGGUAUAAAGGAUAAUAGUGAUGCAAUGGUCUUGGGAGCCACUCACCUUGGUGCAAGUCCAAGUGAAAAUAAUGGACCUCUCACUAGUCCUAAACACAUUCACACUCUCAACCCUGGCAACCCUCUCCACCCCCAUCCUAUUUGCACUUCUUUCCAACAACCUCAAGAACACCCCCAGCACAGUUACAAACACAGCCAAAACCUUCUUAAUUAGCCUAAUCCCCAUAGCAAUCUACAUCCACCCCAGAACAGAAAGCCUCACCUCCUUCUGAGAGUGAAAAUUCAUCAUAAACUUCAAAAUCCCCAUCAGCCUAAAAAUAGACUUCUACUCCCUUACCUUCUUCCCCAUUGCACAGUUUGUGGUCCUGCUGGCACUGUGCCCCUACCCCCCCUGAGCUGAGCUUUGUAGAAGGAUCCUCGUGUUCAUGGUUUCUGGGACAUAACUUAGGGGACAUUUUUGGGGUGUUUAUGUGACUGGGAGGGGAAUAAACAGGAGUUUCUUACCUGGGCAGGAGGAAAGGCCUGACCUGGGCUUGCACAGCUCACCUGGCACACCUGGCACAGAGCACAGCCCAGCAGCACAACCCGUGCUGGGCACUGGGCACCCCAGCCCAAUAAUCCUCACACUACAGGAAAACAGUGACUUUGAAAAAAACCCCGCUUUUUAAUUGUACAUCAGACAUAUUAAUUACAACUCGGGUAUAAUGAGAGGUGCUUACAAGCAGCAACCUGAAAUCAGAAGGUGCACAGAGUUGUUAUAAUCUCUAUUACAGCGAAUGCAAAAUAUACUCUGCAACAAAAAUACUUUUAAAGGCUCCACAUUCAAUUCUCUGCAAGAAGCCAGGAGAGGAGGAGAGGGAACAGAGAGGGAGCAGAGAGGGGCCAGGGCCAGAUCCUGUGGGUGCUCCCACUGGCACAACCCUGCUCAGCCCUGGCACAGCCCUUGGAAGGGCUCCAUAGGCACUCAGAAAGGGAAAUGUUUGAAGUGAUCCUUCAAGGACAAAGCUAAGGCAGCACAGGCAGUUCUCCAGCUGCUGGACCCUCCCUGCCAGGGAUGGGGGGGCCUGGCAGCCCCUCUCCCAAAGGGACAGGGACACUCUGCUCUGGAUGAGCCAGAUCCCACAAGCACAGGUAGGACAGGACCCCAGAGCCCAGCACGGCCCUCCCUCCAUCCCCUGGGACAGCCAUGGUGGGAUGGGGAGAGAUGGUGAGGACAUCAAAAAUACCUCUCUGUCUCUCUAAACGAUACAAACCUAACACAUCUAUCUGAUACUGGAAUCUUUUUUAAAAAGCCAACUGCUGUGCUCCUGCCCAAGCUGGCAGCAUUGCUUUGCUAAAGGAGGGGCUGCUCCUUCUCUCCUGCAGACAAAUCAAGCCCAGUGCUCACAAACAUCAGCACUGUGAGAGAGGCACAGCCAGGAGGCCGCAGGGGUGGACACAGUCCAGCCCCUGCCCCCCUGUCCUCCUCAGCCUUUUUUGGUUUGUCUGCUGGUUUGGCACAUUUGGGAUGAAGAUUCCUGUAGGAACAAAGGCCUUGGGCUGCACUCUGUGCAGUGCCCAUGGUGGUUUUAAGGCAAAGGAGGACUUUUUGGACGAUCUCUUCCAAGAUCAUGAUUGUCAGAGCAGGGAGAUGGAGCUGGUGCAGCAGCACCCUCAGCCCAGGCUGUGGGGUGAGAGCCCAUGUGCCCCAUGGCUGCAACAGCCACGCCUGGGCUGGGUCUGGGGCAUUUCCUCCCGUGUCAAGCAAACCACAUUCCUUCCAUGAGUGGUUCAGGAUGAGGUGGGAAAGCCCGGUUUCCCGAGGGCACAGGGAUGAGCUCUGGGAGCCCAGGGAUGGGGAGGGGGUGGUGUUUGGGCAGCAGGAGCCCCUCGAGGCUGCUCGGUCAGGCUGGGACAAUGGGGUGAGCCAGGCUGUGCCAGGCACAGGCCGAGGGUGUGGGGUGCCCCCGAAGCUGCUGCUCCAGCUGUGCCAGGGG